GCCAAUAGACUGCUCUGAAAAAAGAAUGACGGAUGUCGAACUUCGAAUCCGGUGACGAUAUCAUUCGACUGUUUCAUAACAAAUAACUAAUAUAAUAUUAUCACAUGUUAUUUGACGGAACGUUAGACACUUUGGGCAAGACACUCGUGUCGCACUUUUAAUUGAUUUUUAUGUGCAGCGGGGCACGGUGGAAAAUAGUGCGGGUAUCCGAAUUCGCUGCAGCGCUGUCCGUGCGAUCCUUUGGUCCAUGGUCGCGAUCAACUUGAAGGAGCGUGAGUCUUCGCCACGGUCUGAUAUCGUCGAAGGUUGUAUCUUCAGACGCGAUCGACGAGAGUCUUGUCUGCUGAUAAACCUGGAAGUAAUUGUACGAGGCGAUCGUGACAUUUUGCGAGGAGGAUCGUCCCUGGGAGUCGCCUGACGUUGCCUGGUGCUGGCUGCUUUACGGGGGUGUCGCACGACUUAUCGUCGAAUCGUGACGCGUUGUCGCAGGUCGAGGAUCAUUUUUCAUGCCGGGCCGCUCGAGGUACUUGAUAAUCGAUAAGAAAGCAUGCGAACCGUGCGCGGAUUCUCCGUGAGCCUCGCGUGGAAGAACUCGGCGCGCGAAUGGCUACCCUCCUUGGUUAGAGGCGACCUGGACGCGCGCGCAAGGUUAGGUGGUCGUAAUCAGCCAUGAAGAGUCCCGCGACGUCCCAGCGUUUGAAUGGGAUCAACGCACAUCCCGUUCCGUCGGGACAGGUCCUUCAGGCAUCGAGCAGCUUAAAGUCUCGCUACAACGAUGCCUCCAACAGUUUUCAGGUGAUGAAGGUUACCGGACGCGAAUCCGGUUAUAUCGCCGGCAAUCUCGUGCCGAAGGUCGCCAAGCAGCAAUUGGUCUCUUUGAACGGUGACUCGGUGCGUUGCGACAGCGUCAACGUCGACGAGGCAUUGGCAUGCGACGUGGCGCCAAUACCGGCAGCAAAGACCAAGGCCCUGUGCGUACACAUCAGAGAGAACAAAUGGUACGAUGCUGGUAACGUCGUGUCCGUGGGGGUAGCGGGAACUAGCCUGAAUCAUGCCCUGGAGAGCAUGUCCCUGGCUUACAAUCCUUCCACCAAGCAAUUGUAUUCCGUGCAGGAGACCAAGACACCUGGCGACACGCGGGUCGAUUGUACUACUCCUCAAUAUUUGGAAUCUCCACGUAACGGUAAGGAACGUUACUCCAAUGUGAAACUUGAUACGGAUAAAUACAUGAAACUGGAAAAUGUUAGCGCAAACAGCAGCCCAAGGAACAGUUUGCCACGGUCGUGCAGUAGCACGGUGUCUUCCCUCAGCGAGAUAUCACCCUCGGGAAGUUUUCUUGGAUCCGACGAGCCGCACGUCGAGAGAAACGACAAGACACCCAAGCAACGUUGGGCACUGAAUUCACUCUUCACCAAGAAUGUGUUUUCAUGGAAGAAUAAGGAUUCGCAACGGUCAACGCCUACUAGCAGUCCGUCAAGGAAUGUCGACAAGGUAGGCGGUAGCACAGCCUUGAUCCAACAGCCGAGACCAGCAAACUUGCCAGCGAAAAACCUGCUGGAGGAAGAACGUCAUCGUAAGCAAUACAGUGCUAUUUUAGAAGCAGCAAGAAAAAGAGAAUUGCGCGAAGAGAAAGAGCGUAGGCAGCAACGGGAAUAUCAAUUGAAGGAGGAAGAGAGAUUGGCCGAGGAUUCCAACACGUGGAACACGUACGUUCUGCCCAAGUUCGAGAGUGUCAAGAACACGAGAAAAGUACGCGAGUUGUGGUGGCGUGGUUUACCGCCCAGUGUUCGUGGUAGGGUAUGGAAAUUAGCGAUUCCGAAUAACUUGAAUGUAACGCCGCACCUCUAUAAUAUCUGCUUGGACAGGGCGAUGUCGAGCCCUAACAACGAGUCAUUAGCCGCAAUCAGAUUAGACGUAUCUCGUACCUUUCCUACCUUAUGUGUCUUUCAGGAAGGUGGACCAUUAUCCGAUAGCCUUCAGGGUAUUUUGGCAGCGUAUGCCGUAUACAGACCGGAUGUAGGCUACGUGCAAGGGAUGAGUUUUGUGGGCGCUGUAUUGUCGUUAAACAUGGAACCACCUGACGCCUUUGCUUGCUUCGCGAAUCUGCUGAAUCAUCCUUGCCAUAGAGCCGCCUUUACAUUGGACCAAAAGAGAAUGAACACUUAUUACAAAGUAUACUCCAGUGCUCUUGCGCAUAAGCUGCCAAAAGUCUUUUCUCAUUUCACUGUAGCCGGACUGAGCCCAGACUUGUAUCUGUUAGAUUGGAUGUACACUAUAUAUGCCAAAGCAAUGCCUCUCGAUGUCGCGUGUAGGAUCUGGGACGUAUUUCUCAGAGACGGGGACGAGUUCCUUUUCAGAACGGCGCUGGGAGUGUUACAUCUCUAUCAAGAAGAGUUAUUGAAAAUGGACUUUGUACACGGUGCACAAUUUCUAACUAGAUUGCCAGAGAAUCUACAGGCGGAAUCUUUAUUCGAUAGUAUUAGUCAGAUGUCUACUACCGUUGGGACUACAACGUUCCAGCAAAUGUUGCUUCAGUUCUCUUCAUAAUUUAGCCUGUACGGAGGCCGUAGCGAAAUUGAAUUUCAGCUAUGAUCUUUAUUGUGAUAAGAAAAAUGGAGUCUUCUUGCAAAAAAACAUUUUCUGAAAUAUAGAGAAAGAAUCGCGAAUGUUCUAUUGAUAGUAUUAACUUUGCAUCUUCGUUUAGUAUUUUUCGAGAUGCGACAAAUCGAUUUGCGGUAUAUCUUGAAAAAUAUUUUACGAUAACUAUUACAGCAAAUAUUAUUUAGGUUGAAAGUUUAGCUCAAUUCUACGUAUUAUCUCGUUUCUAUUUUAUUUUCCACCGAUUCGUUAUAAAAUUUUUCGUAAUUUAUGAUAUUUAAAUGAAAUACUACUAUUAAUUAAUAUUGCUUCUCACAUAUCGACGUGUAUAAUGCUCUCUACAUGCACAAUUAUAUCUCAGCCUUCAGAUAUUGACCGAUUCUUUAAAUUUACGCUGAAAGCAAUCUCUUCAAGACUGAAGGGAAAUAUAUAAUCGAAUACGACAUAUUCAUUAUAUACAACACAGGUAUUAUUCUCGUAAAUAUAUGUAAUCUCUCGCGAAUAGAAUUAGAUGUGCCGAGAUUGAAAAGAAGUCCUCGCUACAAAAUAAUCGCAAUUGCUACUUGCAGCAACGUUCCGAAUACGCUGAUAUUCAAGAUAUUAUUGUCAUAAGACGUCCUAACGGUAUAGAUAAUUGAGAUUACACGCCACAAGACAUAUUUCGUACGAAAAUCCAUACUGGCUUGUGCGAGAGAGCGAAGCUAAACUGGUGCAGACAUAAAUUAACGAAUUUCUAUAAGAAGAUCUAUUAUAAUUUACUAAAGAUAUUAUAUACGUCCGCCAUAUUUACUAAGACCGUACCACUUGUGUGACUGCGCUUUCAGUUUCUGUUGAGAUAUGAUAAAUUACGUUCUCGUGCAAUUGGAGUUCUUCCCAGCGCGAAUCAAUGCGCGCUGCAUGCAUUAUUUUGCUUCGUUAUUUUUGGUCUUCGAUAGUCACGGAUAAGAUAUUAAGUAUGAUAUUACUUACACUGUGAAACGUGUGAUAAGAAGUCUCUUGUAUACAACGCAAUUUUACUAAUCUCUACAUUUUAAAUCGGUAUUUAGAUGAAUUUUUCGGAUUAUUUUCGGUGCUGUGUGGCUGAAGUAUGUUCAGUUUUCAGAUAGCGAGAUCUUAUCAUGUCCCGUCUUUUGAGUGGCCUUCGUGAUGAAGCUAGGAUAAAUUCGAGAUUUAGAAAUGUACGGACUUUGUACGCAAUUACCGAACCUUAUUCUAAGGAAGUAAUCUCAAAAGUGUAUUUUCAUACGAUUUAACUGCAAUAAGCUUAUUACGUGUGCUUGUUGCAUACCGAUCGGUUCGAUACGGAUAUGCACGGAAUGAAGGAAUUUCCGUUCUCGACAUCUUGGAUGGACAUGGUGCCAUUGAUUGAUCAAUCUCGAGGCUACCGUGAUGGUCUCUCCAAGAUGAUAGACGCAAGCACAUUGCAAUAGCUUAGUAUGUAGCAUGGCUUGAGAGCUUAAAAUUAUACAGAAACAUGUCAUCAUCCGCAGAUAUAAAAUGAUAUUCAAAUCCACGUAUAUCUCUUUUAUAAAUAUGAGCAAGAUGGCAUAGCUAAAAGCGUCCGUGGAAAUACUAGUCGCUGAGACAUACACGUAAUAUGAGACACUUGCGGUGGCUCGUUAAAUUCUCAUUUAUUUUUACGAGACGAGAGAGAGAUUAUCUGUCUAUCUUGAUUGUCAUCAUACGUUUUCCGUAAUAUUUUGCGUGGACCAGUGAGUACUUUGGUGGCACUGUAUGCUUUACAUCAUAUUAUAUAUGACUCACGAAUCAAGAUGUGAGCAGCGCGAAUACUUGCUUUUGAAACGCAAGUCGUAAGAGAAUUGAGAGAGAGAGAGAGAGUAAUAUUCUAGUUUUUAAUUGACAAUACUCUCGUUCCAUCCACUAUUCCAAAUUAUUAUCUAGCGAAUCACACGAACAAUAAGGAAUAAGUUUGUACGAUACAUGUGUAUAAAGAGCACAAAUGAAUGCAUAAUAGAUAUAAUUAGCUUAGUACGCGACGAAUUGAGUUACUUUGGAGAUCUGGACGUGAAAGUACGUACAUCUACGAAUGUGUGUGUAGGUAGGUGAACGGUUGCGUUCGUGCACUUACGCGUGCUACAGAUUUUUCCAGCAAUAUAAAGUGCUGAUGUUCCCCAAUCUUUGUACGCGCAGUGAUUAAUAAGGAAAUAUCGGCACUCAACGAAGUAUUUUGAUGCUCAUGCGAGAUUGAAACGAAUAGAGAUUUUUAAAUUGAAUAUUAACGAUUCAUCGAUAUGGAUGCGAAAUUAUAUUAUUUUAUAUUAUUUCUUUUACUUUUCAAUUUUAUUUAAAUGAUAUUUUUACCUGUAAGAUUGUGAUUUUCUUUAACAUUGAGUCUGUGUUUUUAUUGCAACAGCUUUAUUUGUGCAUCUGCCGAGUGAUGCUUUAUUUACCUCGUGAUUGAAUCGUGCAUCUAUUCGUAUAUUCCGUACAUGUGGAUAUUUUGCAAUUUUGGACGUAACGUAAUUAUUUUCGUAAAAUGAUUGAUGAUGGUAACGAUGUUGUGCUGCCGACCGUAUCGUGGUUGCAAGAGUUUUCACAAUUAGCAGCACUAUGUUACGACGAAUUAUACUGAUGGCUUAUGUAACUAAUCGAUAAAGUUAUGUGUAAUUCUUCGGUGGAUGGUAAUGGAAUUGAAAUACAAAUCGGGAUGUUUAAUUGCGCAAAGAUCUUAUAAUUUUGUCCGCCUUACCGAACAUGUAAUAAUCAUGACGAAUAUGUAAUAAUAGACACGAUGUACUACAAACAGAAGUGCGUAUGUAUGUGUAAUAUGUAACCAAUCACGUGUUCACGUCGCGUAUGCUUGUAUGUGUCGACUGCAUUAAAAUACUUGCAGGUAUAUCCGCAAUUUGUUUAUCGGAUACGCAAGAAACGUUUGUAUUGAAUAUAUAAACGAUUCUUAGUUUUCUCCCGACAUCGAUAAUCGUAUUAGAGAAAAUUCAUACUGUAAAAUCUCUUUUUCAAUAAUUUGUAAAAUAAUCGUUUCGUCAUCAUCGCGAAUAUCUACGCUGUAGAUGAAAUUAUCUCGCGUAAAUGUGAAUGUACCUACGUGUAUUUUAGGCUUUCAACUUCUCUCCACGUGAGUUCGAAGAUACGAUGCCUAAGAGUUACUAAAAUCGUGCGAGUGCAAACGUUGAGGAAAAUUCUGUGCACAAACAUGCAUGCACCAUGUGACACUUCUGUGUUCCUUGUCGUUAGUGCCUCGAUAGAGGAACUCGUUGUAUAUUUUAUACGCGUUUUAUCGUGUACAUUUACCCUAAGUGCAAUAUAAUUGUAAUAUAUAUUUUUUAAAGAGUCGCUCCCAGUAUUUAUUUUGUCAGACGUACCUAUUGGUAAACCUGUAAAGUAUACAUAGAGACGUUAGUACAUUUAGAAGAAAAAAAAUCUUGAUAUUUUUUAAUACGAAAUUCGAGGAGGACGACUUCCCUCCGCGGUGAGACGUGGAUUUGCGAACCGGUUAGUUUACAUUACGAAUUUACAGAUCCCCCCGUAGACGAUUUUUCCGUAAAAUGCACGUUACGUUAUCACAUGUGAUGCACAACGACGUCUCUGACUAUGCUUUUUAUUACACGGACGAUUACGGUACUGUGAGAACUUUAUGUACGUGUAAUCACACACGCUUGCUUCCUGAUCCAAUCGAGACACAAGGAUUAACGAUAUAUUUAUCGCAAUAGUGUAAUGACCAUUUUUAUAUCGUAUAAUGGACUACGAACAAGAGAUUGAAAAGCAUACUGAUAUACGCGUAUAAGAAAUAUUGUAAAUGAUGCAACAUAUCUCUGGAUGACAUUUUUUUCCUAUAUAAAUAAAAAUUAUCCUCUAUGA